GUUGAUAAGUAGCACGUUUGUUGUUUGUAGUCGUCUCAAUGUUUGCCAAACCGGCCCAAACAACGACAAACACAAACACGUGACUUUUUUUUUCAAAAAUUUUGAUUCUGACAACAAUAAUGUCUUACAACAAUGAUAGAAAUAGCUUUGGCCGUGGUGGCGGUGGCGGUCGAGGAGGUGGUGGUUUUCGAGGAGGCCGAGGUGAUGGAGGUGGCCGAGGAGGCGGAGGUGGUAAUUUCCGUGGUGGCGGUGGAGGCCGUGGUGGUGGAAGAGGUGGUUUCAAUAGGUUUGCAGAACAAGGCCCUCCAGAAGAAGUAGUACCUUUGGGUUAUUUUACUCAUGCGUGUCAAGAUGACAUUAUUUGCAAGGCUGAAAUGGAAGAUGUUCCAUACUUUAAUGCACCCAUAUAUUUUGCUAAUAAACAACAAAUUGGAAAAAUAGAUGAAAUAUUUGGCACGUACAGUGAUUAUUUUGUCUCCAUAAAGUUAAACUCUGAAAUUAAAUCAAAAUCUUUCAAAGGAGCCGACAAGUUAUACAUUGAUCCAGCAAAACUAUUACCAUUGAAGAAAUUUUUACCUCAACCUGGUGGCCAAAGAGGUAGAGGAGGCGGUGGCGGAAGAGGACGUGGUAGAGGUGGCGGCGGUCGUGGUGGCGGUGGUUUUGGACGUGGAGGUCGAGGAGGCGGUGGUUUUGGACGUGGUGGUGGAGGCGGUGGUUUCGGACGUGGCGGAGGCGGUGGAGGAAGAGGAUUUGGUGGUGGACGAGGAUUUGGUGGUGGCGGCGGAAGAGGAGGAGGAGGACGAGGUUUCAAAAGAUGAAAAUAAAAAAAUUAAAAUUGUAAUUAUUUAAUAAAUAAAUAUUUGUGUUAAUAUA